AAAGUUUCUGUGGAGUUUUCCUUAGCUGAAUUUUGGAUUAUUAUAUUUUGCUUUGGUUUUUCUAUAGAUGAAGGCCACACAUUCACAUUUCUGUAGACAGCUCUCAGAUUCUAGUGGUUUUGAAAUUUUCUAGCGCAGGAAAACUCCGUCAGUGUGGCAAGUACGACUUUACUGGAUUGCAGUGCGGAGAGGCUGUACGUCCUUAUUUUUUUCUUAUUCCCUUCUGUUUUGCAAGCCCCUAAAUUUCUCCCUUUAACUUGCAUUUUCCAAGGGGCGCCUCUUCCUUGCUUGUAAUCCCCUUUUCCCCAGAGCUAUAUCUUUCCUAGGCCUCCCAUUCUCAUCCUGCCUCCACUUUCAAACCCCUUCCCGGUGGUAAGUGCUGUAUUUUCUCAUCGUGCGGCCUUUCUUUUCUGCUGGUGGCUUUCAGUCAGCUUUAAACCUGCCGCGAGUGCCUCUCUUCCCCCUUACCCGCCGGCCCCUGUGGCGCUCCCCGUGGCUUGGUGUUGAGGGUAUAGGAGACAGCUCGCUGGUUUAGGGUUUUGCUUUUUUUUAAUAGGUAAUGCAUUUACAGGUAUUUUGAAGUUAGGGCAUUCUGUCUAGUUGAAAGGAUAAUGUUUUGUGGGGUUUACUUGCGUUUCAGUGGGAGCUUAAUUAAGGUAUUUAGCAGUCUGCUCUCACCUGACUGACUGAGACUCUCAACUUGACCUCUCCUGUAGCUGAAAUCCUUGCACGACUCAAUCAGCCUCCCAGCUUCCCUGAUCCACCGAGCUCCUUGGUGCCUCGCUUUGUGUUUACACAUUCCGUAUUCAGCUAGAAGUUUUUAGCGGGAUUACAUGUAGAUUUGGGGCUCCUUUGUUGCUCACACUUGUCUAGCGUCUUGCUGUGCGGUUUCCAGGAAGUCUGGAAGCCACCCAGACUAGGACGCGCCCUCAGAUGAAAAAGGGGUUAAAUACAGGUCUCACUCAGCGUGUCCCUCCUUUCAAGGGUCAUAUCCCCUCCAGUUUCUGGAUGCUCUUGGUUGCUUUUGUCUUCAAAUAGGUGCUAUUUGUAUUUUGAUUAGGGUUUAUAGUUAUUAGCAAGAGGGUUAAUUAGAUAUAAGCUAUUCUGUCAGCAUAAGAGUCUAAUGCUACUAGUUUUAAAUGUACUAAUUUGGGUUCUUUUUUAAAAACAUUUUCAUUUCUUCUUAGUUUCUACUUUUUUUUCCUACUUUCUAGAGUUGAAGACAAGUGAAAACAAUGAGUUGGUUGGUCUUUUUUUAAACCCAAAUCAUCGGUAAUUUAAAAAAUGGAUGGAAUCAAGUGUUGUGACAAGUGUGGAAAGGGGCCCUGUCGAGUGCUCGUUGGGGUGGUGAAUUGCUGUGCCUCUGGAGGGCGAUUCAGAAGCCUAAGUGUGCGCUCGAUAUUAAGCCCAGAGACCCGCUCUUCUGUUAUUACUGAGAUGUGCGGAGAGCUGUGGCUCGUGAGCUGGUUGGUGAGAGUCAGACACCGCAUGCUCACUGUCACGUGACAGAGGAACACUUGGUUAGAGAAAACGUAGUCUGCCGGUGGCUAGUAAGGAGUGGAGUCAGCUCUGUGAGUGCAAGCACAGAUAGCCCCAGGAUCCUAAAUGGAGACAAGCCAAAGAGCAGGGCAGAUGAUUUUUAUUUGGGGAAAAUAACGUUAUUUGCACGUGUACAUAGAUAUGAAUGAAGAUUAAGAGAUAAAGGUAUAAAUAAACAAGUACUCACUAAACAGUGAACAGUGUUACCCUGGGAAGGGUGUGGGCCUGGGGCAAAAUCCAGAAAGAGAACUAAACAUUUUACUUUAUACUCUUCAGACUGCACUCAAUUCUAACAGUCACAUGUAUAAUUAAAUAUAAUGAAAUAAAACCGCAAAAAUAAAUGUCCUUUCAGAUACCUUUUGAUAUCCCUUUAUGAGUGAUUUGCCAUUUUAAAAAACUUUUCUUGACCACUUAGUCCAAAUCAUCAUACAUCUUAGUUUAACCUGCGUCAUCAUAAUUCAUUAUUUCAAAAUGGAUCUUUGAUUUUUCUGUCCAGUUUUUGGCCUUCGUUAUUGCUUUAGGUUUCACUGGUUUUGCUCUCAAGGCAAUGAUUUCUCUGUCUUGGCUAGUCAAUUAAAACUUGUAUACGUUUUACUUUUUUAAUGAAAAAUCUUAAAAAUAAAGGAGACGAUAGCACAGUGAACAUCAUCAUGUGCAUCAUCUUGAUGUAACACUUGUUUGUAUUUUGCCGUAUUUGCUGCAUCUGGGUUUUUGUGUUUGUGGGGGUGUUUUGGUGGAGUUUAGGAACUUUUAAAUAAUUUUUAUUAAUGGAAAAAUUUCAAACAUGUUCGAAGCAAGGAUAAUAUAAUAAAACCCCAGCUUUAACAGUAAUCACCAUGCAGCAGUCUUGGGCGGGGGCGGGGGAGUUGUCCAGUUUUUUCUGAAGUGUUUUUAAAGCAACCCCACGGAUCAUUUUCAUCCGUAAGCGCUUCAGGAUAUAUUUCUUAGAAAAACAGCCACAGUUAAUACCAUUUUCACAACCCCUCACAUUAAUAAUGAUGCGUUAACACCUACUGUAAGUAGGUGGCCUCAAAGACCUCUGUCUCCAUUUAUUUUGUUGGGAUCGGGAGAGCUUAGGACCGAACCAGCUAAAGGCCUGGCUCUCUCAGCUUUCUUCCUGCGCCCUGGUGAAGAACCAGAGGGUUGUGCUUCCACCAUGCCCCCCUCCCCUAAUUGUAGGGUUGGAGAGCAUUUCCAGCUUACACCCUCUAAUUUCUGCUUUCCUCACCCAGAUCUGCCUUCUGAGAUACCCUCCUUUAGGGAUACCAGGAAAAUUGGCCACAGGGUCCCGGAGAGCCAGGGUGAUGGCACACAUGGCAUUCAGAGAUGUGUCCGUGGACUUCACCCAGGAGGAGUGGAGGCUGCUGAGCCCUGCGCAGAGGACCCUGUACAGGGACGUGAUGCUGGAGAACUACAGAAACCUGGUCUCCCUGGGAAUUCCAUUUUCUAAACCCAAACUCAUCACCCAGCUGGAGCAAGGGAGGGAAACCUGGAAAGAAGAGAGGAAAGGCCCGCCGGGCCCCUGCCCAGCAGAACCAAAGCCAGACCUGCACCUCAGUCCGCUCCGCCCCCCGGGUUUCUCCAGUCAGGGGCUCCGCGUGCAGCACGUGCUGUGCCGCCGUCCGCCCUGGCUCUUCACGUGCUUAUGUGCAGAAGAGCCCGUCCAGCCGGGAAGUCUGAGCCCAGAGGACCAGAAGGAGCAGCAGCAGCAAGCCUCUGACGGGAGCUCCUGGAAUGAUGGAGCAGAGGGUCAGGAGAGAGAAGGGGCCCAGCCUUCGUUUGGGAAGACAAAGAAAAGGACCUCAGGAGCGUUCCCCAGGCCCCCCGCAGGGCAGCCGGUCAGCUCCCUGAAUGGCAUCCGAGGACUGGAAAUAGAGACCGGCCCCGCUCGGGCAGGGAGCCCCGAGGAAGGAGACGGGUUGCUGAAGAGGAUAGAGGUCUUCGGCUUUGGGACAGUCAGCUGUGGCGAGUGCGGGCUGGGUUUCAGCAAGAUGACAAACCUGCUCAGCCACCAGAGGAUCCACUCAGGGGCGAAGCCGUACAUGUGCGGCAUCUGUGAGAAGGGCUUUAGUCUAAAGAAGAGCCUGGCCAGGCACCAGAAGGCCCACUCCGGGGAGAAACCGGUCGUGUGCCGGGAGUGUGGGCGUGGGUUUAACCGCAAGUCGACCCUCGUCAUCCACGAGAGGACACACUCGGGCGAAAAGCCUUACAUGUGCGGGGAGUGCGGGCGAGGCUUCAGUCAGAAGUCAAACCUCAUCAUACACCAGAGGACACACUCCGGGGAGAAGCCCUAUGUCUGCCAGGAGUGCGGGAAGGGCUUCAGCCAGAAGUCAGCUGUUGUGAGACACCAGAGGACACACCUGGAGGAGAAGACCAUCGUGUGCGGUGACUGUGGGCUGGGCUUCAGCGACAGGUCCAACCUGAUCUCACACCAGAGGACGCACUCAGGGGAGAAGCCCUACGCCUGCAAGGAGUGUGGGCGGUGCUUUCGGCAGAGGACCACCCUCGUCAACCACCAGAGGACACACUCCAAGGAGAAGCCGUAUGUGUGUGGGGUGUGUGGGCACAGCUUUAGCCAGAAUUCGACCCUCAUCUCACACAGGCGGACACACACCGGGGAGAAGCCUUACGUGUGCGGGGUGUGUGGGCGGGGCUUCAGUCUCAAGUCCCAUCUCAACAGACACCAGAACAUCCACUCAGGGGACAAGCCCAUUGUGUGUAAGGACUGUGGGCGAGGCUUCAGCCAGCAGUCAAAUCUCAUCAGACACCAGAGGACGCACUCAGGGGAGAAGCCCAUGGUGUGUGAGGAGUGUGGGCGAGGCUUCAGCCAGAGGUCAAACCUCGUUGCACACCAGAGGACACACUCAGGGGAGAAGCCGUAUGUGUGCAGGGAGUGUGGGCGAGGCUUCAGCCACCAGGCCGGCCUCAUCCGGCACAAGCGGAAGCACGCGAGGGAGAAGCCGUACGCGUGCAGGCAGUGCGGGCUGGGCUUUGGCAGUAAGUCAGCUCUAAUCACACAUAAGUGGGUGCACUCAGAAGAGGAGCCUUGCUUGUGCAGGGAGUGUGGCCAAGGCUUUACCCAGAAGUCACACCUCGUCUUGCACCAGGUGACGCACCAGGGGAAGAAGCCUUACGUGUGCAAGACGUGUGGCCAAGGCUUUGGCCAGAAGUCCCACCUCAGCAGACACAAGAGGGUGAAGUCUGUCCACCACAAACCGCCACUUCAGUCUGACUCUGAGGCCUGUUUAGGGCCACCUUCCACCCCCUUACACUCUCUUUGAAAGUGAAGAUGGUGUUGAGGACUGACUAAUCAAAAUUUGUACACUUUCACGAAAUGGAGUAGAAAGAUGCAUUCCGUAAGUGGUCAAAGGAUAUCUGCCUUCGUUUACUUCCUCCACACUAAGCCUUCACGCUUUGUGGCCUUUUGUUCUAAUAAACUUUGCUUCUUCACAAA